GACUCAGCCGCCCUUUUCUAAGAUGUCUGCUUGCCCGGCCUCUUCCGUAUGGGGCCUCGCUGUCGUCAGACGGCAUCCCCAGGGGCUCGGCUUGAAAGUGGAAGGCGUGGCGAAGACGACAAGCAGGCAAGAUGCUGAGCCGGCUGCAGGAGCUCCGCAAAGAGGAGGAGACUCUGCUGCGGGUGAAGGCGGCGCUGCACGACCAGCUCAAUCGGCUCAAGGUUGAAGAGCUGGCCCUUCAAUCAAUUAUUAGCUCCAGAGGAGGGGAGGGGAUGACCCAUUCUUCACCUCUAACCGAGGAACCAGAAAAUGCACAUCAGAUCUUGGUGCAGGUAGACAAUGAAACGUCCAUCAAUCAAACUGAAUUACAGCUAAGCACAAGAAAACAUGUUCAAGAAGAAGAGGAGGAAGAGGAGGAGGAGGAGGAGGAGGAAGAAUCUGAUUCCUAAAGAAGAAAGGGAAAAAUCAGAAUUAUUUAUCUAAGCUAAUUUUAAGAUUCAUGAACUUUGUUCAUAGAAACCAUUCCAGUACAACCAUUAUGGCCUACUAACAGGGAAUGAAGAACUCUCAGAAAAUGCACUAUUAAAAUGACACCAUAGCCCACUGAAGCUUUAGUGUUGAAUUAAAACAAAAACUGACCAUAGGAAAUUCAGGGAUCUAUACUUUAUCAUUGGAAAAAAAGGUCAAGUUGAUAUCAGUCAGUCAAAUUAGAUACAUACACAUACGAGAGAUAGAACUCCAUGUGACAUUCUAUUGAAAUAUUCAUGUAUUUGCAACCAGAAGAGUUUAAAUGUUAGUCAGCCUUUCAUAUUUUUCUAAUACAAGUAAAGACAUACUAUUAAACUCCCUUUUGCACAGAGCAAGGCCAUGUUCUAAGUUCUAAAAUCUAGUAGAUGGAGGUGAAGAACAGCUAUAACGGGAUUCAGCUUCUCACAGAAAGAACAUAAGCUCUUAAAUGCCAGCCAUUCUGGGGAACACAGAGCGCAUGCUAUGCUGCUUGGCGUGAUUGUGAGCAUAUCUUCAUUUGAGUUACCACAUUGUGGUAAAAUGUGGUCAGUAAAUUUUAGAUAGAAAAUGCUGUCUACAGGAUACCAAAGAAGAGCCAAACCAUGUUCUUGUAGAAUACGUAUUAUAAUAAUAAAAUGGAAUAGUUUUAAAAAUCACUUUUGUAUUCAAGGAAAUGUGCCACGUUUUUUAAAAUGUCUUAGGACAUACUUUGGUGGAUUUGUUUGUACAAUAAAAAGAAAAUGGCUAAAGAAAUAGGACAUGUAAAAACUCCUCAUUUGUGGUCAAAAUUCAUUUCCAUGCUCUUUCCCUUCUCAUAUAGGACAUGGUUAAUUUAGUUCAAAUUCACACAGCACAAGUAACAAAACACAGUAGCCCCAAACACAGAGAAAACUCCAGGCAUUCUUGUGCAGUUUUUCAACUGUUCCAAAAACAACUAUGUAUACGAUUUCAAAAUCCAAGUCUUUAUUAAACUAGAAACACUCUCAUAAGAAUCAGAAACUGAACCAAACAUGCUUCUUUGAAAAUGCUAUCUAAUGUUAAAUUUAAAAAACGAUUUUCUAUUCACUUCGUUCAGGACAGAGAGAACUUCUGAAUAAGUUCUAAGUAUUGGCAUAUAUGGGAACCCAAACUAGGAAGACUGCAUCAGAGAAGUGCUUGAGGGUAUAAUUAUUCUUAGUUGCACUAAGUUGGGGUGUGACUCCCCUCUAGACAACUAAACUUAAUCGAGGCUGAAAUUCAACUUGAUCAGUGAUUCACUGAUAGCUGCCAGUCUACAGUAGCAGUGAAAGUAAUCAAGGAUUUACCAUAUAA